AUGGACGAAAUUAAGAAUGAGAUCGAAUUGCUUGAAAGCAAAGAUUUGACGGGAAAACUAGAAAUAUUGAAGCAGGAACAAAAAGAUGAUUAUCCGAAACUUAUGCAAUAUGAAAGAAAUAUUGCUGAGUCGGAAGCAUUGCGCGAAUUUAAAAUUAAAUUGGUUGAAAGCAAUUUGAGAUUACAACGACAAUUAUUGGAAAAUGAAAAGGAAUUGGCUGAAUUGUCAAAAUCAAGUGAAGAAAAACUUCAGCGGUUAUUAGAACUUGAGGAACGACUCGAAAUGACUGCAGUUGAGAAGGAAAUGGCUGAAGAGAAGGCAGAUCUUCUUCAGGCAGAUAUUGAAAUCGAGAAGCAACGUGUACAAGAACUGGAAAUAGAAUUAGACUUGUUGAGGAGUGAAAUAGGGCGAAAAGGAGACGAUGUAUCACAGGCGUUGUUCUUUCAAGAUGGUACUUUAGAAAUGAAUGUUUUGUUAAAGGGUGAUGGGAUACAGUUCAAAAUGUUGGAAUGUCAGAACAUGAAAUUGCGGGAAGCAAUAGUGAGAAUGCGCGAUGUUAUCGGUCAAUUAGCGGAAGACAAAAGAGAACUGACGCAAGAAAAUGAAACGCUGAGAAAUGAGUCGGCUUCAGUAGUAAGAAUUUGUGAAAAUUUGAAAAAUGAACUUCAAAAAGCCGAGCGGGCAAUAAUUAUACUGAAAGAGCGGAUUGAUGCGACAGCAGGGAGUGAGAAAAUGAUUGAAAUUUUGACAGAAAAAAAUAUGGAUUUAGAAAAAAAGCUAAGCACGCUAGAAGAAACCGUCGAGGAUUAUGAAGCGAUCAGAUCAAUGGAUGAAGAAAUUCUUGAAACACAAAAAGAAGCUGAGAAAGAACUUCGAGAGGAAUUGGAUUUGACAAAUACCCGGAUUAGUAAUCUUCUGGUUCAAAUCAAAGUAUAUGGCGAACAGGUGAAUGAAUAUGAAAAAAUGAUCAUGAAAUUUCGACGAAAAAUUGGUGAAAUGAAUGAAGAAAUUCAGGAAAGGCAAGAUGAAGUCAUUAGCCUAAACGAGCAACUAAAAGGGGAGAAGGAUAACAAUAUAAUGUCAGUGCAAAGUGUGCAACUUACUACAACUAGUCGAACAUUUGCUGAAAUUGUAGAUAGAGAAGUGUGUGCCCUGGAAUUGAAGUAUGAAAUUGAAUUGUCAAACUAUUUAAAAGCAUUCCUGCCCGAUAAUUUCUCAAAACCUGGAGGAGACAAUGAUGCAAUUCUGCUGACUAUUGUCUGCUCCCGUCUUUCUGCUAAAGCAGCUAUGCUGAUAAAAUUACUGAAUCUUAAGUACCCAUUUGCACCUGGAGGAAUACGUCGUGAGCACGUUACGAGAAGUCACAAGGCGGAACAGUGGGCACAUUGUGCGAAGUUUUCAUUCUUGUUAAGCAAUUUCGGCUGUGCUGUUCAGCAGUGUGAGAGUGUAGUGCGUCGAUGUACAAUGGAGCGACUGUCACGUUUAGCACUGCUGCAAAGUGAUAUUGCAAGAGAGGAAGGAAUUAUUGAUCAAUACAUUGAUUUACUUAGGAGGGAUAAGUUUGAUGAAAACACUUCGACUGACAGUGUUAAUAAAGCAAUCAGUUAUUUAGAGAAUAUAUUAUCUAUUCACUUUUCUCGAGAAUGGUAUGAUGUGAAACAAUUAUUCCUAGAUACUUGCGUACAGCUUCUUCAAGGAUUAUUUUGGAUGAAAAUCAAUGCCCAGCGUGUUAUCUUUAGUCUUUCAUUUACUAAUGAGAGCAGUACUAACAAGUACAUGGAAUCGGUAUUGAUAUGGGCGGAGAAAUGUGAGCAGCUUUGCACACGUUUGAAAAAUCGGAUCUCGAUUGGCGGAAACUUAAUAUUCACUCAAGAUUUGCAAAUUCAGUUGGCAAAUUGGAACAAGUCAUUUAAAAAUUUAGCUUUAAUAUUUGACUGUAUGUGCAGUAUUACAAGUAUUCAAUUGAGCACUGUUACAGAAGUCGAGGGUUUGGAAGAAAAUUGUGUUCAAGAAGCUCUUUUAUAUUCCGUGGAAAAAGUGCAUGGCGCUUUAAAUGGAGAUGAAGCUACAAAGAUUAUAAAUGAAUAUAUGAGAGCUGUACAAAGUGUUACCACUGAUUUAAUUGACAAGUUUGAUAAUCAGAAACUACCGAGCAAUUCAGCGGAUGAGUCUUUUUCAUCUCCGCUUAUGGAACGAGCCAAUGCUCGAAAACAGGAGGCUCUGGAAGUGGAGAAACUUCGCUGGAAUUUGGAAAAAAAGGAAAAUGAAAUAAUAGAUUUGAAAAUGAAUCUGCGAGCUAAGCUUGAUGAUAUUAGCAAUUACAAGAUACGUUUAGAAAUGGCUGAAAAUAAAAUAGAAUCAAUGGAAAGAAUUGAUGAAACUGAAAUGCAAAAAUUGUAUUCGCAAAAUGACGAUUUACGCGAGCAGUUGAUGAAAGCAAAAAUGGAAUAUGAAAAUAUGUUAGAAACUUUGCGACAUGAAAUUGACGUUCGUGAAAAAGAAAAUUGCGAAUUGCGAAGCAGUGCCAGAACUAUCAAUAAGAAAGUAUUGUUGGAUCAGCUACAAACCAUGAAUUUGGUCAUAAAUCAUCCCAAAAUGCAAACGAUGGUUACACCAAUCGAUUCCAAUCCGUCUACUCCUGAACAAUUCAGUGAAGUGACUUAUCUGGAAAGUGAAUUGAAAGAUACAAAAUUAGCAUUGGAAUGGGCUUGUCAACACAUUCGACAGUUAAAGGCAAGCGAAAACAUGCAAAUGUUGAAUGUAAUGGAUCCAAUAACGAUUCCAUCAGAUAUAGGUGGCCCGUUAACUCUGUUGUCAGUGCAAGUUUCGAAAAAAGAUGAAUUGGAUGAAUUAUGCAGAAGAGCGGAAAAUAUUUUAGCGGAUUCAAGAUUUUAUCAAAUUCCAUAUGUUACUGAUAUAUCACAGCCAAAAUCAAAGCAGAACCUGGAGAAAAAAAAGCAUUUUGGAAAAAUUGUCCACAUAAAUGAAAGGAUUGCUAAUCUAAAAAUUGACAUACAUCGAUUUUGUAACAAAUAUCAUCGAGGCAAAGAAUGGCCUUCACUUUUUGAAAACAUUGAAAGUGUUGCAUCAUAUAAUCGAAAGAAAGAAGAAAGAAACACUGAAAUUCAUCGACUUCAAGGUGUUCAUUCUGUAGCUUACAAAAAUGCAUUCGAAUCACUUUUCGGUAAUUUAAAUGUGGAGCAAAAGAGAACCGAAUCGACAGAGAUUAGUGUAUCCGUUUAA